AAGUUGCAGUCUUUGUACCAGACGUGGCAUUCAGCCACGUUUCGACCGCUAUGUGGGUUAUGAUAACGAUAGAAAAUGUACCAUAAGCGCUGGGGAUGCUUACGGCAGCAGCGCACGUCGACAACGCUGAGAACAGAAAGCUGGCGGUGAAGAAUCAAGAGAAACAAUUUGAGGGGAGUGGAAUCGAGGAGUUCGUGCCUCAAUUUCAGUUGGCAGAGAUUAUAUCGCAGUCGAUCGGAAUAUAUAUCGGUAUUAGCGAGUUCUUGAAUGGCAAUCUGACCUAUUGUAGAUUGGGAUAGUAUUCUACUCCAAAGCUGCACUGGACACGAUUGGAGCUGUGAACCGUGAUGGAUGGAGAUAAAGGUCGCAGUGACAAUGCAGGUGGUAAAAAGCACUACACGUUGCGACGGGAUGCUGGUAUAUCUUCGAAGAUCGCAGGAGAUCGUUAGGACAGUUCGGGCUCUGUGGCAACAAUACACUAACCGGGGGGAGACUCGACUGAUGGUUGUAUUUGUGUUGGAAUCCGUGAAGGCGGGACUUGUUGAGAGUUUGGCCACCGAUGACAUUUGACUCUCACUCGAGUUGGAUAACGAACUUAGUUACCCGUAUACGUCGGAUAAAAAUUUAGAGGAAGCUGGGGAAACUGUUGGGAAGCUGUUGUUUGGUUUGUUUGGAGGCACGAAGAGGACAGCAGCACUUGGAAAUGGUGUUGGCUAAGUACUGAACUUGAACAAUAAUGCUGACUGUGACGGUGGUGAGGGAUGGAGACUGCGACCGGGGCCUUUAUCGUUGGAUGUGGCAGUAAAUUGUCUUUGUCUGUUUCUCGAAGAAAGCUCGACUUCACUCUCGGCUUGAGAGUCUCGCUCUUUGCAAUGUCGUGACUACUACCGAGGUUGUGGAAGCUAUGACUGCAGUACUGGCGUCAGAUACACCAGAAGAUGGUCUGCUCGGCUUACCAAGGCAUUUAAAUGAUGCACCAAUUGAUAUUUACAUUAAGACGGAGUCAACGAUAUAGUUGUUGCCCAUACCCCCAAGUGGCUCUGUUGAAAAGAGAGAUUUCGGCAGUGAGCCUGCUAAGUGUAGUCGAUGCAAGUUAUUGGAUUGAUGUGUUGAUUCCUGCAUUCGGAAGAUGCGAGGUGGAGCGCGGAAGCUUGAUCUACAGAGAACUCCCGCUUCAACCCAAUAGAUUUGGUGGUGUAACAUCUCUUCCAAGCGAGUUCGGUACAGAUCCCGACCCAGAAAGGUCUGCUAUUACUUGUUGGAACUUCGUUUACACAUUUAGUACUCGAGUUUGAGAGGCUCAACAUAAGCGAGGUCCAAAAUCUGAUCGAGUUAGCCAUAAUAUGGCAUAUUAUGCACUUGUACCAUUUGAAAUGCUCUUUUGCCUCCGCGACAGCAACUAUCGAGGUUUAGUGCUCAACUCCUCCUCGCAUCUAUCGUUAACAUGGAAUAUUAUUGGGAUCGCUGGAGCGCUAUGUGGCAUUGAAAACCCGUUAGCCAGAUGUGCUCGACGAAUGCGAGUACGGUUGGCCAAAAGGUUGGGUACGGUUCUUAUGAUGAGUGCUAUGCUGCUCUGUUGAAGAUGCAGGAGACGAAUCGGACUCUCGAAUAUCUUCAUGUCGUUUGCCCAGUAUGCUCACAUGGUGGAGGAUUGAAGCUGUUGAACAGAUUUAAUAAUUUAUUGAUGAAGGAGGACGCCGAGUAACAGAAAGACGAGGUUUGAAGACUGCUGAUUAGUCCACACACUUGUGCUAUUGAGCUGGAUAAAUCGUGUUCACUCGCACUUCAAGGCGAAAACAGCGAGUGUGUACUCCAAUACUCUAUAGUCCUCAUCUGCAGCCCCUCUGAAGCAACAAGACGGCAAGUUCAAUCCUGCUGCAGCUGCUACGUACAUGUGUGCGGGUUCAUGGCCGUCCGAGGCGUCACCUCCGAUCAAACCGUAAAACAAAUCUACCAUCAAACCUUGAUCUCUACGACACCACCACGCAAAGGUUGACAAUUGUAGCGACGACGCGACUGACUCAAGAGCACUCCUUCAAUGACGAUGUACAUGUACACACCGAGGAGCUCUGCUUGCCACACUGCACAUCUGGUGUUAUCAUAGCUUGAUGGCAAGAUGAGUCGGCGCUCAUUUUCGCGGCAUCGAUCGCGCCCCAUGGCAAGCGAAUUCGUCGCCUAAAAAAUUCCUAACCCAUGUGAACGCGAUCUUGGUGAGCGAUCGAGCUAACGAACGUAUAGCUAAUACGACAUGAACCCGGCCCUGGUUGGCUCAUACGAGAAGAUACUUCCGUUUGAAUCUCGAUUAGACAAGGGAUACCUCGGCUGGAAGCCUUCGGAGCAUCAGUCCAGCAGAGCGAUGACUAUCCUCGUCAGCAAAACAUGAGGCUGUGUAAUAACGUAUCACCACUCCAGCCCGCGGAUGCUCAGUCUGGUGCGACUAACGUUAGUAGUCGUCAACUACAGUACCAGCAGACUCUAAUACAUGCAUUGCAGGCACAUAUAGUGUAGUAUAGCAAGGCAAUCAGGUGUUUGGGUCACUUGAAGUGGCGACACACUUUUUUU